AUGGCUCAAUACGCUGCUGACAGCACCGACGACGAUUCUGAUAUUCUAGAUGACGGAUUGCUGUCUAACGCGAUAGACGAAAGCAGUCCGUUUAAUCUUGAUGAUGUCCCUUCGGCUGUGGAAUCCGACGAUCCUGUACCGCAGGAAGAGGUGUUUCACAGCAUGUUUAUUGCCCGCGAAGGCCAGGAGACAACCGGCCGUACUUGGGAACAGACUCCUGUUUGUACCUUACCUCUGUCAGCCUUCGAGAAAGUCUUUCGCAAGAAGGACAAGGCAACUGCAGCAAAUUUAUUACUGCGUCGCACUAAUCUCCGCGUUGAUCCUCAUCUCACAUUUGCCCCCGAUCACCCCAGUUUGUUGUGGGACGCGUCGAAACAUUUCCUUGACUUUGUCCUUGUCGUAUCAGGUGCAAUUGGCUUGCAUGCAUUCCUCCCGAACACUAUUUCCGACCACACCUUUUCCGUCUCUCUGGAUUUCCGCCUCAAUAACAAACAGUUCAAACCCAAGUUUGGAAAGCUCGGUUUUGACCCUACAGGCUCGAUGAUGGCAAUCGGGACCGGCGUUUCUUGCGAGCUGUGGUUGGGAUUUUGUCCCUUGACACACAUCGAGGAUAUUUCUCUUGCAGACGAGGCUCCUUUGCUAAACGAAAAGAAACACGGCGAGACCCGUCUGUCAUCCCGUCAUUAUCGCAUGGCUGUGAUGUUUAUUGCCUCGGCAUUGGCACAAAUAUCAUCCCUACCUAUCCAUAUCAUGCAUACAUACGGAACCGACGAGGAUUUUACGCAGUGGAGAGUCAAGGAGGUCACGAACCUGUACGAUCAGCCGACCAUCAACCUCCGUUUGGAGGACUUGAAGGCCCUCCACAGAUACAUCGUAUCAGAUUGGGAUGAAUGGGUUCACAAAGCGCCAGCAUCUUGGAAGGAUGACGGUUGGCUCCAAUCCCGUGCACCUUUAUCCAUAGCGUGCAGGUAUGGGCAAAACCAAGCAAUCGCGAGCUUGGACCCGGCUGCUCGAGGCGUCGAAGAGGCAAACUGGCAAGCGGAGCGCGAAUAUUCCGACAUUCGCUAUAUGUCCAUGGCUAUUGCCACGGAUCUCACUUGUAACCAGUGUCUCGGUGGGUGCAAAUACCUGAGGAUGAGUUGUUGGGAGCCCACGACAUCAUAUACGAUUCCCCAAACUCAUCCUUCCGGCAGCCAGGUGAAUUUGGAGGACUUCCCCGCCCGAGAUCCUGACACAAAGAAAGAAAAUAACAUCUACGACGAAGAUGGUCGUCGAAUUCCCCGCUUUGAUGGUCUCUGCAGCCAUAACGUGAAAUCUUGCGGUGUUCUCAUCAACCUCGAGACUAUCGCAGAGUUGUUUUCUGCAAUGAUUACCGAUGAUGACAUGGCCAUCGAUCCUGAUAUCAUCAUGGACGACGACAAUCUCCAUAUUCCUCGCGUCAAUUUUUACCCCAUUUCGCUCCAUUCAUAUCAAAAAUUCGUAAAGCCGUUUCUCGCGACACAGUUGGUCAAGAUGAAUUUGAUGACCUACGCUUUGGACGACGACCUUGACUAUUUGAACAAUUUUCCGAAUGGGCUCAUGCCACCUGUACUCUUGGCUAGCGGUUGCCAGUUCUACAAUGAGAUCUCGCAUCGCAUCAGGCCGUCCGCCGCCUUACACGAUGUUCAGCAAGGUCGCAUCACUUCUGCCCUCUCGGGUGCUUAUGCCACUACAUGCAACGCUCAGACCGCGCAUAAGAUGGUUCUUAGAGAGUGUAGUCUGCUCUUGCCUCACCAACGUUAUGAUAACAAAAUCGAUGUAAAUGACGUUCCCCGCGCGUUGCGUCUGGAGAACAUAUAUAUCUUCCAGUUAGACUCCUUGAAGUUGGCGAAGCGGAAUGGAUUAUCAAUAUAUCGAGACAUGGUUGUGCCCUUGGCGAGUUACUGGUCGCAUCCCACCAUCUUCGAGGCCAUUCGCCCACACCUGUUUGUGUUGACCGCUGAAGCAUUUCCCCAUGUUUAUCAAUGGACCACCUAUCCAAUCACGUCCCUGCUCGAACGUAUAUGGGAACAUUUCCUGCCCGUCCUCACCAAAGGUGGUAAACCUGCCCCUCAAGUCGUUGAAUUAUGCUCCGUCCUCGAACGCGCGUUGGCGUAUGCUCAUACUGGAAACUCAAAAGUAAUCGCUACAAGUCUCAUGAGGCCUUUGUGGUUGGUAAAGAGUCUCUUGGAACAAGGUCUUCCGACCUUUGCCCCCUCAGUGCGAUUUUCCCACACUCCCUGCGUUCCCGUCGCCAUCAGUCCUUCAGAGUGGCCCACCCUCACCAACAUGAAUGUCCCGGCCAUCGCAUCCAAGCGCUCGCAAAUAUUGACGUAUGGGAAUGAUCAUUUUGAGGCAUGCAUCGUCUCAUUCCGUCUCUGUCCUGUCGCAUAUAAGGCAGAGUUUCAUAUACAGCUCUCGGUCAAUCAGCUGGCACCCAAUACCUUCAAGUCAUACACUAGCAAUGUCCGUCAUGCAGCCAUCAUUGCAGUGGUCGCCCUUCAAGUGUACAUAGCUGAUGUCAAGACACUUGUUGCGGGGGCUGUCACCACUGCAUGCAAUGCCAUGGAGGCAGAAGAUGCCAUCGAUGGGGAACUCCAUGCAUCGCAGCGGCGCAGAGGACUUCGCAAAUGGCUUGCGACCGCUCAUCCUCUUGGUUAUGUUGAUAAGGCAUACGAACAUUUAGUGUCCUGCGUGCUUCCCAAAUCCACUGCCCACCACGAGGGAUUGCCAAAUCCAACCAAGGACAAACUCUCCAUCCAAGACUUCGCUCGCCUCAUUUGUGAGAUGUCUCGAGGGACCGACCCUGUCGCCAUCGCCGCUCCUCUCAUCUUCAAUGGGGGUUCAACUCCUGUCUUUCGCGUCGCUCUAACAUAUAUGCGCAAAUAUGCCCCGCAGGAUUCUACACGGUCUUCGGAGAGGUUCUUGCAGGAAGCAUUCAUCAUCGCCGCCAAUCAUCUUCAUAUCAACAAUAUCCCCUGGCAUGGUGCAGCAGGACUGCGUGGCAGACGGCGUCGGAAGCCUGUCUUUGAUUCCUGGGUCAAUCUAGGGAAGGCCAUUGACUCACAAGCUAUUGAGCGUCGUCAUACCCAGUUGAGCAAUGCUGCGGCCGAUGCAUCUCGACGCGCCCAGGUCGCAGAUACCAGGGCAGCUUGGUCUGCUGAGUUGAUCACCUUGCAGUCAUUGGCCGAUUACAUCCUUCGCUCUCGUCUCCCUGACGAAUUCGCGAUUGAGAGCAUCGAGCUCGCAAGAGGCCCGACAGCUGGCAGCGAGCCUAGCGUGAGUAUGAUCUAUGAGUGGGUUUUUGCAAACUUCGACAUCAAUAAACCUCUGCAUCAGAUCGCACUCAUCGCCGGUAUCUAUGUCAGCCGGAUUCUUCCUGAUUUAUUCUUCGCCGACAGCGAUAAACCACAAGGGAAUGUGACCAAUCCUGUCAUGCUCACAAAGGCAAUACGCGCUCUCCCAUGGAAGCCACACCGCCGCGGUCGCAAAGGGUGCAAACUGCCAAGCCAGUUCAUCGCCAUGGUGCCCGCCUAUAUCAUCGCAGUGUACGCCCCAACAAGCCCCUUGCGCAUUCAUUUGAAAAGUGGUAAUAGCUUCCCCACCAUCUGGAAUUCGAAGAACAUUGCGAAAGGGAUCGGGCCACUCCUUCUUGUGCGACUAGGCCUCGCAAGUGCCCUAUCGCACAGAAUUUGGAAAGGUGGGCCGCCUUUGGUGCAUUGGACGUUGCUCUCUCCAGAGGAUAUAGCCGUCAAACAUCGGGAGAUCAGUGCGUGUUUGGCUGAUCGCCAGUACGGUCCCUUCCGCAUCGCAGUUAUGUUGUUUGGCAUUGAUAAAGCUGUCAACCUUGGGCGCACGUCUCAGACAUACACCAUCAAUCCCGCUAUUGCGUCCAUCAGGGCCAAAAAGCACACGUUGAAGGUCGAUUCUGACGACGACGAGGUUCAGAUUGUGUAG